UCGUCCAAUCGUGAAGUAGUACGAACAUUACCGCGCGAGAUAUUCUCUCUUAGUCUGCUAUUUGCUGUUGGACUGUGUGAUAAUCGUGCGGCCUGUUGUGAGCCAUUUGUGCAUUUGCGAAGUGAAAAAUGGCUCCAUGCUUCAAUUGGAUCAAAUGGAACUCGCACCAGGGAAUUCCGCCCAUGGCAGUCCAUGCUGGACAUGAUCAGGAUGGCUCACCGAUUUAUGUCGGUCGGGCUUGUCACGAGUGUGACCUGCUACCGGCUAAGGUGAUCCCCACCAAGCAGGCUUGCUAUGUGUCCCAUAACGGAAUGGAAAUCUUCAAGCCAUCCUUCGAGGUGCUGACCGGAACAGGGUUCACCUGGGUUCACAGCACCAACGGGCAGAUACCGAAAGGGGCUGUAUUGGGUGGCCAUACCAGAUGCGGUGAACAGCUGCAUAUCGGACGUGCCCAUCACGAAUGUAGCCUGACACCGGGCAAGAUCCAUCGGUCUCAUGGAUGUCUUUACAUCCCGUUCGGUGGAGCCAAGCACAGCUACAAGCACUACGAGGUCCUAAUUGGACAGCAACGCUCCACUUGGAAGCACUGUUCGGCCUAUGCACCCAUCCCAUCUGGUGCCAUCUUAACUGGCAAGGAUUCAGACGGUUCGCCGAUAUACGUGGGCCGGGCAAACCACGAGUGUGAAUUGUUACCGGCGAAGGUGUUGCCAACGAAAAAAGUUGCCUAUGUGUCGUACGCUGGUCGUGAGAUAUCGAAGCAAACAUACGAGGUUCUCUGCAACGGGAACGUGUCCUGGAUGCCGUGCAACAAUGGUUACGUACCACCGAAAGCCGUCGUCGGAGGACACACUAGGUGUGGAGAAACGCUGUACGUUGGCCGGGCACGCCACUGCAGCGCACUGACACCGGGCAAGAUACACCCGAGCCACAAGACGCUCUACAUUCCAUACGGGGGCAGUGAAAUCUCGGUAAAAAACUACGAGGUCCUCAUCGAGAACUAGGCCUGGUGCGCAAAACAGCACAACUUGCAUGGGGAACAAAAUAAAAGCUUCUCUAGUGUGU